AGAGGAUUCAAGGCUGGUUCUUGGAAUUUUUUUGAGGCUAGUCAUGGAAAAGGAGCACCAGAUGGUGUCGGGGGAGCCUUAAAAAGAGCAGCUGACAUGAUGGUAGCAAAGGGGCAUGACAUCCCAGAUGCAGAAGAGUUAUUCAGGGCCUUGUCUGAAACAAACACAAGUGUGAAACUGUUCUUUGUGAAAAGUGAAGAUGUUGAGGAAGCUAUGGAGAAAAUGCCGAAGCAGAUACCAGCUGUUCCUGGAACCAUGAGAAUUCACCAGGUCAUUACUGUAGCUCCAGGAGAACUGAUGGCUCGUGAUGUAAGCUGCAUGUGCACAACACGGAAGCAGUUUAACUGCAAGUGCUUCAACACCAAGUGUUUCACUUUUGGCCAGAAGAUAGAAACGGCUGUAUCACAGACAGGCAGUGGGGGGAAUCCAGAAAAAGAAAUCCAGUGGGAAAGUCCAGAGCUGAUUGGUAAAUGGUGUAUUCUCAGAUAUGAUGAUGAUUUAUAUCCAGGCAUCAUUCUAAACAUACAAAUAACACAAGUCCAGGUCAAAUGCAUGCAUCGUGUUGGGUUAAACCGAUUCUUCUGGCCGCAUAAGGAUGAUAUCCUCUGGUACCUGUUUGAUGAUGUCCUUGAACUCAUUCCACCCCCACGGGCUGUGACAAAGCGCCAUGUGGAAGUCUUGAAAGAGGUGUGGAACCGACUCACAAGAUGAAUUCAUAAAACAACCGUCACAUUCAUGAUUAUAUACAGACACACUGAUGCAGGCACACACAUGCAAAAACACUCUGACAUGGACACAGGCACUGAUACAGACAGACACAUUGAAAUCGUUAACUGAUUAUUAUUGUUAUUAGUUCAACCAGUUCAUCAAGUUUAAUUGUAUGUUAUCGGAGCAAGGAUGAGGUGACUUUUAGCACACCUCAUGAGGCUCUCUUAUGCCUAGACACACACACACA